AGCUAGGCGGCCGUAGAGGUAGGUUGUGUUGCGAUUCGAGUGUUGACAAGAAUGUUAACGGAGUCGAUCGCCGUGGAAAUAUAUUUUAAAUAGCGUCGACUGGAGGUCUGACGAAUCAUGGGCAACACCAGCGACCGGGUGUCAGGCGACCGCCACGGGGCGAAGUCGCACCGCUCUGACAGCGGGGGGAGCCACAAAGAGCAGGAGCCCAGUAAAAUCAUGGUGGACAGCACCGAUGACCCCAACGUCUUCAACACGCACACUAUGGAGUCAAAGCCUUCAGGAGAAAAAGACUUCAUGCCCUACAGCCCUGACACAGACGACCCGGUCAAGCCUGGUCCACAGGCCCGGCCAACCGUGAUCCGCUGGGCGGGUGGUGGAAAAGAGGUCUACAUUGCUGGGUCCUUCAACAACUGGAGCACCAAAAUCCCUCUCAACAAAAGCCAUAAUGACUUUGUAGCGAUCCUGGACUUACCAGAGGGCGAGCACCAGUAUAAGUUCUUUGUGGAUGGACAGUGGGUUCAUGACCCCUCAGAGCCUGUGGUCACCAGCCAGCUGGGCACCAUUAACAACCUCAUCCAGGUGAAGAAGUCUGACUUUGAGGUAUUCGACGCCCUGCAGGUGGAUUCCCUGGAGUGUUCCGACACAUCAGACCUCUCCAGUUCCCCCCCUGGCCCAUACGGACAGGAAGUAUACGCCUUUCGGCCCGAGGAGCGGUUCAAAGCCCCACCAAUUCUCCCGCCACACCUCCUCCAGGUCAUCCUGAACAAGGACACCAACAUCUCUUGUGACCCUGCCUUGCUGCCCGAGCCAAACCACGUGAUGCUGAAUCACCUGUAUGCACUUUCAAUAAAGGAUGGCGUAAUGGUGCUGAGUGCUACUCAUCGAUACAAGAAGAAGUAUGUGACCUCUUUACUAUACAAGCCAAUCUAGCCUACUGUAGUUGGCCAGGUCCGCAUGUUUGUACCAUUUAUUAUCACUUUUUGGCUGAGAUUGCACUAGAACAAGUUUACAGAAGGGUCUGAGGCCUGCAACGAGGGUCAGAGGGUCAGAGUCCCUCCGCUGGUGAUAUUCUGAUGUUUAUCCAUAACUCAUCAGAACCCGUACACACAAUGAAGAGGGAGGUACCACAAACCGCCAUGUAUUGACAUGUACAGUUUAUACUUUUAUCUGCCAACGGUCACUAGCUAGUUUAAGCUAGCUCGGGUUUCCUAUUAUUUUUUUGUAACUCUCCUGAGAAUACAUGGCUAGCUUACUAUCUAUUCAUAGAAUGAAUUAGCUGAGUAUGCUAAUUAUUUGUUUAGAGCAUUUGCAGAAUUACUUGGACUCUGUUUAAGUAAAUGGAAAGUAAAUAUCAGCUGGGGACACUGAAAGUUUGGUCCGCAUAUGUUGAUUUGGAAUGCAAUGUGAUCCAAUGGAUUUACAGAAUCCAUUGUUUGAGCUGUUCAAAGCAUUUGUCAGAUAUCUACUGGCAAUAAGAGUUAUACAAUGCUGUAAUGUUAUAUUGUACUGUAAAAAGAUACAUUCAUUGCAGAUUCAUAUUUAACUU